AGAUAACUGAAGAAGGAGUAAUAUUGGUGUCGUCCGGGAGCCAUGUUAGAUUUACAGGAUUUCACCUGAGCUAGUAGCUAUAAAAUCAGCAAUGGAUCCCCGGUAUUGUGCUCAAGAUAUCCUUAUAUGUGACCUCUGUGAGAACCAUGUGGUACAAAGUCAUUGCGAGUUUUGUCAUGUCAACCUGUGUAAGGCCUGUGUAGGAGAGCAUCUCUCUGAUUCAACCACAAAACAUAGAGUUGUACCAUACACAGAAAGAACAUCAACUCCUAACUAUCCAAAAUGUUCAAAGCAUUCCAAGAAUUGUGAACUUUACUGUGAGCAAUGUGACAGCCCUGUCUGUUCUACCUGCAUCUCCACUGGUAACCAUAGGGGACAUCAUUUAUCAGAUGUUUUACAAAAACUCAGCUCCAAAAUAAAAGACAUGGAAAAAGAAUUAAAAGAACUUGAGACUAUAAUUUACCCAAAAUAUGAAGAAAUUACAUCAGGCAUAAAAAGUUGGAAAGAUAAAUUGGAAACACACUAUAGGAAACUGACAACAGCUGUAACCAAACAAGGAGAGGAAUUGCACAGAAAAAUUAAUAUCAUUGUCGCCAAUCAGAAAUUCAAAAUAAAUGAGAUGAAAACUAAACACAUGGCUGCUCUAAAUAAACAGGAAAAAGAAAUCAAACAGAUUACUGCAGAAGUAAAACUGUGCAUAGUUGAUCUGAAGAAAAUUCUAGAAUCGAAUGAUACCUCCUUAGCUUCUGUAUACAAAUCUAGAUAUAAAGAGAUUAGACGUUUACCCCAAAAAGUCAAAGCUUCAUUACCAAGAUUUUCUCCUCAUCAGAUCAACACAGAACAGCUCCAUCAAAUCUUUGGUUCUCUGUCAGCAUUAUCCAUUACAACAGAAGAACAUAGCUUUCCUAUGAAGAAACCAGAAGCUUUAUUCUGUCCUGCAGUCAAACCACUGCUUGAUGAACCACAGCUCAUUGCCACAAUAAACACUGGGUAUGAAUACUCAUUGUACAGUAUUAUCUGUUUCAGUGAUGAAGAAAUCUGGACACGUGGGAAUGACAAAAUCAUGAAACUCUACAACCUCCAGGGCAGACUACAGAAGUCAAUCCAAACCAAGUCAGGAAAUUAUCCACGUGAUAUAGCAGUGACAAGGAGUGGAGAUUUGGUUUAUACUGACCCUGAUACAAGAAGUGUGAACAUAGUGAACAAUGAUAAAAUACAGGAAGUGAUCAGACCACCAGGGUGGACACCUUACUAUAUUUGUAGUACCUCCACUGGUGACCUCCUGAUUACCAUGACCAGUGACGAUGAACAGUCAAAAGUAGUACGUUACUCUGGGUCCACAGAAAAACAAACUAUUCAAUUUAAUAGUGAAGGUAAGCCCUUGUAUUCAUCUGGUUGCAUUAAAUACAUCACUGAGAACAGGAACCUAGAUAUCUGUGUGGCUGACUGGGGAGCAAAUGCAGUAGUGGUGGUCAAUCAGGCAGGGAAACUCCGAUUUAGAUACACUGGACACCCUUCUACUACCAAGGAUCUAUUUGAUGCACACGGCAUCACCACAGACAGCCAGAGUCAGAUCCUGACAGCAGACUACAGAAAAGACUGUAUCCACAUCCUACAUCAGGACGGACAGUUCCUCCGUUAUAUUGAUAACUGUGAUCUACAGCGUCCAUGGGGUUUGUGUGUAGACACCAGAGACAACCUGUUUGUAGCUGAGUGGAAAAGUGGUAAAGUGAAGAAAAUCAAAUACAUGUAAACGCGUACUAAAUCAUAUCAGGAAAUGAUUGUGAAAAAAGACAAUAUUUACCAUAUGCAUUUAAAGUUAAAGAGACUUUUAGAAAUCGUAACACUGCAUUAUGUCAUGAAAUGAUUAUGAAUUAGAUUUAGUUAAAGUCAUUGAUGUCUGAUUAAGUACUGGUAAAAAAAAAGAGGAGUACAUGAACUUCAUACAAUGAUUU